GGGUGGGGCCGCGCCGAGGCGACAACAACAAAGGGCGGCGGGUAGCAGGCGGCAGUGACCAGAUCUCUCAGUGCUCUCCACCGGCUGCGCGCCCGGACUCGCCCGCCCGGCUCCAGAUGAAGUGUGAGCACUGCACGCGGAAGGAAUGUAGUAAAAAAACAAAAACUGAUGACCAAGAGAAUGCAUCACUCGAUGUAUCAAGUCCAGCCCAGGAGGAUGGAGAGAAGGGAGAAUUCCAUAAAUUGGCUGACGCCAAGAUAUUUUUGAGUGACUGCCUGGCCUGUGACAGCUGUGUGACUGCAGAGGAAGGAGUCCAGGUUUCCCAGCAGAACGCCAAGGACUUCCUCCGAGUCCUGAACCUUAAUAAGAAGUGUGAUACCUCAAAGCACAAGGUGGUGGCAGUGUCGGUGUGUCCUCAGUCUCUGCCUUAUUUUGCUGCUAAAUUCAGCCUCAAUGUGACUGAUGCAUCCAGAAGACUCUGUGGCUUUCUCAAAAGUCUUGGGGUACGCUUCGUCUUUGACACCACGAUCGCCGCAGACUUCAGCGUCCUGGAGAGCCAGAAGGAGUUUGUGCGCCGGUUCCGCCGGCACAGCGAGGAGGAGCCAACGCUGCCCAUGCUGACGUCCGCCUGUCCUGGCUGGGUCCGAUACGCUGAGCGGGUGCUGGGCCACCCCGUCACCCCUCACCUCUGCACUGCCAAGUCUCCCCAGCAGAUCAUGGGGUCUCUGGUGAAGGACUACUUUGCCAGGAGGCAGAACCUGUCCCCAGACAAGAUCUUCCACGUCAUCGUGGCUCCGUGCUACGACAGGAAGCUGGAGGCCCUGCAGGAAGAUGUGCUCACAGCCUCACGUGGGUCUCGGGGUGCUGACUGCGUGCUGACCUCAGGUGAAGUCGCUCAGAUGAUGGAGCAAAAUGGCCUCUCUGUGAGAGACGCUGCCCUGGACACUCUGUUUGGAGACGUGGAGGGGCAGGUGAGGCGCCACGACGGAGCCAGCCCUGACGCGCACCUGGGGCACAUCUUCAGACACGCGGCCAAGGAGCUGUUCAACGAGGACGUGGGGGAGCUUACCUACCGCUCCUUGAGGAACAGAGACUUCCAGGAGGUCACCCUCGAGAAGAGCGGGGAGGUUCUGCUGCGUUUUGCUGCUGCGUACGGCUUUCGGAACAUCCAGAAUGUGGUCUUGAAGCUGAAGAAGGGCAAAUUCCCGUAUCACUGUGUGGAGGUCCUCGCCUGUGCCGGGGGGUGCCUCAGUGGCAGAGGCCAGGCGCAGACGGAGGAGGGGCGCGCGGACAAGGCCCUGCUGCAGAGGAUGAAGGGCAUCUACGCGGACGUCCCCGUGCGGCCCCCUGAGACGAGCGCCCAUGUGCAGGAGCUGUACCAGGAAUGGCUGGACGGCGCCGACUCCCCCCGCGUCCAGGAAGCCCUGCACACCGCACACCCAGGCCCGGGCCACCCUACUAACAGCCGAGACAUCAAGUGGUGAAGAUGGGGGAGGCGGGAGGUGGCCUGUCCGCUGCUGGAGGACAGGGGUCGCCGGUGUGGGUGUCAGAGACACUCAAAAAAGGAACAGCUCAGCUCUUCUCUCACGACUUUGGUUCUUCCGACUCCUCUGUCCCCACCUGUCGCCGCCCUUCCCUCGGCUCCACGUGGUGCUGGCCUCGUCACGUGUGUGAGAUCAGGGUGUCUUACCCUGAGAGGAGGGUUGCUCCAGUUUGAGUAUUCUUUUAUUGUUAGACUGAGAAAAUCCCAAAGAGCAAAAAUGGAGACAGACGCCUGUUUUUAGGCUUAAUAAAAUCCAAAAAGUGUCCCGUGAAGAGCUGAGACCCCAGCAGUUCUGAGUCACAGGCCCUGCGGUCUGGCGUGGAAGGGGCGGGCGGCAGGGGCCACGGGUCGUGGUCGGCCAGUGGGCUCACGCUUUGACCUUCUGUUACUCCUGACUGUUUUUGCCAGAAUGCGAAUAAAUCGCAUCGUUUUGGAAUCAGGGCCCAUAUACAAAUUGGGAUUUCCAGCUUUUCUUGAGAAGUACCAGCUGCAGGGGGCCGCGUCCCUCCUGCUCCAGUAGCCAGACCGGCUGAGGGGCCCUGUGUGCUCUGGCAACUUAUGCCCCAACUUUCACGUUUAGUCUUUCAGUGAACUCACCUUGGCAGGGGAGGCCUGGGCAAGGCGACGAGUGUUACGGACAGACAGAGAUGGAUCUUCCUGCUUGGGCCAGGCUGUGCGGUCGGCCUCCUGGGUCCCUCCCAGGGGUGGGUCAAGCAGGUGAUAGCCCUUUGACCCUGAAUGUGGGAGAGGCAGCUGCCCAAUGGUCCGGCCUCCCUUCCAGCUCCUCCCCGACAUCUUCCCUCCCACCCGGGCCUGGCAUGUCUGCUGGGCUCAGGGACGCUCUCCGUGUGCUCCUGACAAGACUCUCCCCCGGCUCAUGCUGCUCAAGGGAGCUCGCCUUAAAAGAUGGAAGAGAGAAAGCCGCUGACCCACAGCCAGACAGAACGGGCUAGCAAACAGCCGAAAACGACAGAAUCGUGAAACUCCAUGUCAGGGCUCAUCCCGUGAAAGGAAGGACGUCUGUGAAUAGGCCUAGAGUUGGUUUUUCAAAGCACCUGGGUUCUGUUGACACGAGUGCUGGCGUCCUCGGGUCCCUGAGUGCUGUAAGGCCCCCACGUGUCAGACCCCUUCGUCUUACUCUGCUGCGUCAUGCCUGUGUGGCUCUGUGUUGACAGCUGGAUAUGUUGUGUGAAGUUGUAUAUUUUUUGCUUUCAACCUAUAUACAGUUGGUUGCUGUCUCUACAGCAACUGACUGUGGAAUAAACAGUUGAAGGGUG